GCCUUCUUUCUAUAUCAACAAUUCCAUAGCACAAACACAAUGAAUGGGAAUGAUCCAAAAGUAAGUUAUCAUCUUAUCUGAUUUUAAAUGAGCUCAUAAAUAACAAUGUUGAAUAGCAUAACUUAGGCCAUAUCUGCCAGUGCUGGAGAGCAUGAGGCCAUGACCAUCGCUUCGGCAUCAUUCAUGACAAGUCUUUCAGCAUUUUUUUUUACCUCUCUGUUUACAAUCACUAAAACCACGAUCACCUUAAAAACAUCAUUCUUAAAUGAUUUGUUUUCCCUUAAUUCACUCUAUUCAGUUGCAUAAUGCAGAAGUAGAAUAUUUACUUAACAACCUAUGGUAUUAAUGGAUUUUCCAAGGUCCCAAAGUCUAUAUUAGGCAGUGCAUUUUGCCUUCUUUCCAAGUGUACUGCUACAAGUGUCGUUCUCUUCACUUCCCUCCUAAACUGCCGUUGAGUUUAUUAUUCAAUGGAGUUUCAUUUUCUCGUGGUUCUUUUCUUAACCUCGGUAAGUAAUAACACGAACAGUAGCGUUAUUAUUCAAUCAAGAGCAUGUUGAUACAUGGUUUAGAAAAUAGUAACCUGGUCUCGAUGAUCACUCUUUUGCAGCUUCAACUAGCCAAAACUCAUGCUGUUACCUCCCAAGAGAUCUAUUGGCAGUCUAUGUUGCCUACCACUCUGAUGCCUAAAGUUCUUCAUGAUCUUUUGCCGUCUGAGCAGAAGAGUGAUGCUAGCAUGAAUUUUGAAGAUAGUGGUGUAGACGUAGACGUCGGCAACAUAGUAUCUGUGGAUAUUGGGAAUGGAGUAACUGUGGAUGUCGAGCCGCCAUUCUUCAGUGGUGCAAGCCCAUUCUUAUUUAAUUAUGGCGCCUCUAGGGAUGAACUCCAUAGCAACCAAAAUGUGACUCCCUUCUUCCUAGACAAGGACCUGCAUCCCGGCACGAAAAUGAACGUCUACUUCACCAAAAUUGCAGCUGAUGCUAAGUUUUUACCUCGCAAAGUUGCCAAGAUUAUACCCUUCUCCUCAAACAAGUUCUCAGAAAUCAUGCGCAAAUUUUUAGUCAAGCCUAACUCAACAAAAGCUGAGAUAAUGAAAAAGACUAUGGAAGAGUGCGAGGAGCCAGCAUUUGAGGAUGAGGACAAGUAUUGUGCCACAUCACUGGAAGCAAUGGUAGAUUUUAGCACUUCAAAGCUAGGAAAGGAUGUUAGGGUUUUGGUCACGAAGGCUAAUAAAGAUGAUACACUGCAGCAGGAAUUUAGCAUCACUCAGGGAGUCGAGAUGGUAGGAGGCAAGUUAGUAGCAUGUCAUGCCAAAAACUACAUUUACCCUGUAUUCUACUGCCAUGAAACACAUAUUACCAAAGCUUAUAUCGUUCCAUUAAUUGGAGAUGAUAAAACCAGAGUCCAGGCUGUAGCCAUAUGCCAUACUGAUACAUCAAAGUGGAACCCAAUGCACCUGGCUUUCCAGGUUCUUGAUGUUAAACCUGGGACUGUUCCUAUCUGUCACUUCCUACCAGAAAACCACAUCAUCUGGGUUACUGAAUAAUGAGAUAACAAAACUGCACAUGUAAUUGUGCCUUCUUUCAGUGCUUUAAACUUAGUAGUGCUCACCAUGUUUGGAGACUAUGCCAGUUUGAUUCUUGUACUACCUAUGUUACAGGUGUUAAUUAAAAAGACACCUAUUUGUGUAUCCAAAGUUUUUCAAUGAAAAUGUUAUGAUUUCAUUA